AUGAGGCGGAGGUGGUGCGUUUGUUGGCUGGGCCGCGGCAACCGUGCGGCGGUGGACCUCGUUGCCGGCUCCGGCCUGGACGUGUUUGCGCACAACGUGGAGACGGUGCCGCGGCUGCAGUCGGUCGUGCGUGACCGCCGCGCCAACUGGCAGCAGAGCAUAGCUGUCCUGCGCGCGGCGAAGGAGCAGGGUGUGCGUGUGACCAAGACCUCCAUCAUGCUGGGCUGCGGCGAGGCCAGGGAGGAGGUGCUGGAGGCGCUGGCGCUGCUGCGCGAGGCGGGGGUGGACGUGGUCACGCUGGGCCAGUAUAUGCGGCCGACAAAGAAGCACAUGGCGGUGUCCGAGUUCGUCACGCCGGCCGCCUUUGAGUCCUACGAGCAGGCUGCGAAGGAGAUGGGGUUCUUGUACGUGGCCAGCGGCGCCAUGGUGCGCAGCAGCUACCGCGCGGGGGAGCUCUACCUGAAAAACAUGCUAGGCGGCGGCAGCAGUAGCAGCACCAGCAGUAGCAGCAGCACCAGCACCAGCACCAGCACCAGCAGCAGUGAGGCACAGCAGGCAGCGACAGCCUGA